UCCUUUCUGCCACCCUAUUGCUGUUCGACUCCUCCAGUUGAUGAAGGCGAUGCAACCUUUGCAGUGGUGACCAGAAGUUGCCUCCAAAAAGGCCUCAUUUUCCACAAGGGUUUCCUCGUUCUCCCCUUUUUCCUUUGGAAUAGCAAGCAACCUGAAUUAACUAAACAUUUACUGCGAAUGGGUGAGUACAAGUCUAGAACUUCAGUCUAUGACAUCCUGAGGAGGAAUGAAAGUGUGGAAAAGUAAGAAGGAGAGUUUUUCCAGGAAUGCUCCCAGGAUGGAUAAUUGGAACCAGCUUUUCAUUCUUCUGUGCUUGGCCACUUUGUCCUCCAGCAGUGUUCACACUACUGUUUGUAGAGAAGCUUCCAUUGCAGACAUUGUGUUCCUGGUGGAUGGAUCCUGGAGCAUAGGAACGAAAAACUUCAAAAUUAUACAAGAUUUCCUGUACACCCUAGUUGACAGUUUUGAUGUUGGAGAAGAUAAAAUCCGGAUUGGGCUAAUACAGUACAGUGAUGUGCCCCACAAUGAGUUCUUCUUGAACACAUUCUGGCACAAAGAGGACAUCUUAGAAAAGAUACAGAAUCUGCACUACAAAGGAGGAGGCACCAAAACUGGCAAGAGUUUGAAGUUCAUGCUGGACAACCAGUUCAGGGAAAAAGCUGGAAGUCGACACCAUGAAGGCGUCCCUCAAAUUGCUGUUGUGAUAACAGAUGGGCAAGCUCAAGAUAGUAUUCAUGAACCAUCAGAGGAGGUCAAGAGUGCAGGAAUCAUGCUUUAUGCUGUAGGCAUCAAAGAUGCUGUUUUUUCUGAGCUUCAAGAAAUUGCUAGUGAUCCAGAUGAAAUGCAUGUUUACAGUGUGGAAGAGUUUGCUGGCCUACAAGGUAUCUCCCAAAAUAUACUUCAGGUGAUAUGUACAACUGUAGAGGAAGCGUCUCGACAGAUCACCCAGGUUUCUCCAGCAUGCCGAAAAGCCAUUCUUGCCGACAUUGUAUUUUUGGUGGACAGUUCAGCCAGCAUUGGUUUGGAGAAUUUUCAGAAAGUGAAAAACUUCUUGUACACUCUGGUUUCUAACCUUCAUGUCAGCCAGGACCAGAUUAGAAUUGGGCUGGCCCAAUAUAAUGAUGAGACCUUUGUAGAGUUUCUAUUAAACCAAUAUUCACUGAAAAAUGACAUUCUGGAGCAAAUACAGAAUUUGCCUUUCCGAAGUGGAAGCACUUACACUGGGGCUGCCUUGAAUUCUAUCAUGGAAGAAUAUUUCACUGAAACUGCUGGGAGCAGAGCACAAGAAAACGUCCCACAAGUAGUCAUUCUACUCACAGAUGGAGAAUCUAAUGAUGAUGUCAAGAUUCCAGCAAGCAAACUGAGGGCAAGAGGAAUCUCAGUUUAUGUGGUAGGAAUUAAUGUCCUAGACACUGCUGAACUUAAGGAAAUUGCUAGCAGGCCUUUUAAUAAGUUUCUGUUUAGUAUUGAUAGUUUUGAUAUCCUCGAAGACAUCACUAACAGUCUUCUCCAAAUGGUGUGUUUUGCAGUAGAGAGCCAGAUUAAAGCUUUUACAAAGCACUAUGCUGACAUCGUUUUCCUUAUGGAUUCUUCUGAAACAAUGGGAUCCUCAAAUUCUGAAGAAGUAAAAAAAUUUAUUGCCCAGAUUGUGGAAAAACUAGAUGUUGGCAGAGACAAAUACCAGAUUGGCUUUGCUCAAUACAGUGAGAAAGGGCAAGUAGAAUUUUUGCUGAACACGUAUGAGACUAAAGAAGAUGUUCUUAACCACAUCCGGAGCAAUAUCACAUUCAGGGGAGGCCCUCUGCAAACUGGGGAUGCCCUGAAGUUUCUGCAAGAAACCUAUUUUAUUGAAGAAGCUGGAAGUCGAUUAAAGCAAGGAACACCACAGUUUUCAGUGGUGGUCAUUUCAGCUAAAUCUGAGGAUGAUGUCAAGGAAGCUGCCAAAGUGCUGAAAGAAAGAGGAGUAAAAGUUGUAACAGUUGGCAUCUUAAAUUCUGACCUGGAAGAAAUGGAAACAAUGUCUACUUCAUUCUUGGUUUACCAGGUCAAUGAUACACAGAACCUCAAUCAGCUUCACAAGAACAUACUUGAUAUUUUUGAAGUACCAGUUCAGCAGCAGUACGAUGUUGCGGUAGAUGCAGAAGUGCCUGCAGUUUGCUCCAGUGCUUCUGUGGCAGACAUUGUAUUUCUUGUGGAUGAAUCUAGUAGAAUUGGCCACACGAAUUUUCAUCUGAUUAGGACUUUUCUGCUCAAGAUUAUCAGUGCCCUGGAUAUUGGCCCAGAUAAUGUACGGGUUGCCUUGGUUCUUUACAGUGAUAAACCAAGAUUGGAGUUUAGCCUGGAUACAUUUGAAGAGAAGUCAGAGGUUCUGAACUAUCUGACCAAGCUGCCAUACCGCGGUGGACAAACCUACACUGGUGCAGCCAUAGACUUCCUACGGGAAAAAGUUUUCAUCAAGAAAAUGGGGAGCAGAAAAGACCAAGGAGUGCAGCAGCUGGUUGUGGUGAUCACUGAUGGCCAGUCACUAGAUAAUUUCACGGGACCUGCUUCCAAGCUCCGACGCAGAGGUGUCACUGUGUAUGCUGUGGGCAUCCAAAAUGCCUCAACAAGUGGCCAGCUGUACAAAAUUGCAUCUCAUCCUCCGAGAAAACAUGUCACUAACCUGGAAUCUUUUUUGCAGCUAUCAAACCUUGAAUGGAUUAUAAAGAAACGGCUUUGUAACGAGAUUAUUUCUCAAACAUUUGCAGUUCCAGUGCGUUCCCGAAUUGUGAAGGAUGGAUGUGAAGAAACUGAGGAGGCAGACAUUUAUUUCCUGAUUGAUGGGUCAGGCAGCAUCUACCCUGAUGAUUUCCAUGACAUGAAAGUCUUUAUGAAUGAGCUGAUCAAUAUGUUCCAGGUUGGCACUGACAGAGUUCGUUUUGGGGUGGUUCAGUAUGGAAGCAAUCCCCAAACGGAGUUUGAAAUUAACCAGUACAACACUGUGGCACAAUUAAAAGAAGCCAUCAAGGUGAUUAUACAGAUAGGUGGUGGCACCAGAACAGGUGAUGCUUUAACAUACAUGCAGAGUCUGUUUAAAAAGGCAGCCCGGGAGCAUGUUCCCCAGUUCCUCAUCAUCAUUACAGAUGGAGAAUCCCAAGACCAAGUCACCAAAGCAGCAGAACAGCUGCGAGAGGGAGGGAUUGUGAUCUAUGCCAUUGGUGUCAAGGGUGCAGUUGAAAAGGAGCUGGAAGAUAUCGCUGGGACCAAGGACAGGAUGUUCUUUGUGAAUGAUUUUGAUUCUCUAAAGCUCAUCAAACAUGACAUUGCGAGGGAUAUCUGCUCUCCUGAGGCCUGCAAAAACUUGAAAGCUGACAUUAUUUUGCUAAUUGAUGCUUCCAAAAGUAUGGACCAAGUUGAAUUUGACCAGAUUAAGCAAUUCAUUGAGUUGAUUGUGAACAGGUCUGAUAUUGGGGCUGAGAAAGUCCAGAUUGGACUGCUCCAGUUCAGCUCAGAUCCAAAAGAAGAGUUCCCACUGAACAAAUACAACAACAAAGCUGACCUGAGGAAAGCUAUCUCUGCAAUGAGGCAGAUGAAAAAAGGAAGGAAGAUGGGGAAAGCUCUAAACUUUGCCUCUCCUUAUUUUGACAUGUCCAAAGGAGGACGUCCAGGAGUAAAGCAGUAUCUGAUAGUGGUCACAGAUGGUGAAUCUGAGGAUGAAGUAAAAAAUUCUGCCAGAGUUCUUAGGAAUAAAGGAGUCGUCAUCUACGCCAUUGGGAUACUGAAAGCAAACAAUUCCCAGCUUCUAGAGAUUGCAGGGACACAGGAAAAAGUGUUUUCUGAGGAUUUUGUUGAUGCCCUCAUGUUUUUUGGAAAAGCCAAUACUUGCAAACACACAGAAGUUGCUGACAUCAUAUUUGUUGUGCAUGGAUCACGAGACAUUACAGAACUGCAGUUCAAGGGGAUACAGUUGCUCAUGGAGUCCAUUGUGAAUGACUCAGUAGUGGGAAAAGACCAUGUUCAAUUUGGGGUUGUUGUCUACAGCACUGUCCCCCAAGAGGAAUUCUCACUGAAUCGAUAUUCCACAAAAUUGCAAAUCAGGGAAGCCAUCCAAAAGCUGACACUCUCGAGGGGGUUUACUUUUACAGCAAGAGCUUUGAAUUUUGCAAGGGAAAGGUUUGACCCAGCUUACAGUGGCCGCACAUCAUUUCUUGGCAUCACACGGAUGAUUGUGCUUAUCACUGAUGAGCCGACCACUCCAACCGACAGACCCAAUCUUCCAGCAGCAGUGCAGGCUGUGCAGCAAGAAGGGAUUGAGGUCAUUGCCAUUGGGAUAGAUAGUGCCAGUCAAACAGAACUGGAAGAAAUUGCGGGUGAUAAUGGAAAGUGGUUUUUUAGCCCGAGUUACAAUGCUCUGGAAAGUUUACAUGAAAACAUCACUCAUGUUAUAUGUGAUGAAUCAAAGCCAGCUUGUGGUACUCAAGAAGCAGACCUUGUAUUUCUGAUAGAUGGCUCAAGAAGCAUAUCUGCACGUAACUUUUCUGCAAUGAAGGCAUUCAUGAAGGAAAUUGUAGACAGCUUCAUCAUCGCUCAGGACAAAGUCCGGAUUGGAGUGGCCCAGUUCAGCAAAGAUCCUCAGAAACAAUUUUACCUCAAUGAGUUCUACAAUGAUAUUGCUAUAAAGGGGAAGAUUGAUGAAAUUGCCCAGUUAAAAACCACCACCUUCAUUGGUAAGGGCCUGAGAUUUGUCAGGAGCUUUUUUGAGCCUGCCAACGGGGGUCGGAAGAACACAGGAGUUCUGCAGUCCCUCAUAGUCAUUACUGAUGGGAAGUCCAGUGACAGUGUGGAUGAGGCAGCCAUUGAUCUAAGGAAAGAUGGGAUCCAGGUUUUUGCCAUAGGAAUAGCCACUCCAAACUCUUUUGAGCUCCUUCGAAUUGCUGGAGAUGCCCAUCGUGUGUAUGUGGUGGAAAACUUUGAAGGGCUGCAAACUAUCGAAAGGAAGAUUGUCACAGAGAUCUGUGACCCAGGGGAUCUGCCCAGCCAAGAAUGCAAUAUAGACAUUUCUGUAGGAGUUGAUAUUUCCAAGCGCACAGGGUCUCCACCUGCACUCCAUUUGAAGCAGAAAAUGCAAACCUACUUGCCCUGGCUUAUGCAGCAAAUGGGUCCCAUGAUCAAUAUCAGUUGUAGUCUUGCGUCUCCUGUUAACAUCAGGUUCAGGUAUCAAGUCUUUGCAAGAAAUGGCCAGUCCUUGUUUGACUCUGACUUUGAACCGUAUAAUGAUGAGAUCAUUCAGAAAUUCUUGGCUGUGCAAACCAAAGUGGACACCUACUUGAAUAUAGAUUUUUUGCAGUCCUUUUGGGAUAAAUCUCUCAGUUUGGCCUCUGCCAAAGUGAAGGUUCUGUUGGUAUUUACGGAUGGACCAGAUGAUAGUGUAGAAAUGCUCAAAGCAACAGUGGAUGUUCUUCGCCGGAAAGGGCUCGAUGCAUUUUUAAUGAUUGGCCUGGAAAACUUUCAGGAAUUCCAUGAACUACAGGAAAUUGAGUUUGGUAGAGGAUUUGGAUAUCGGGAACCAUUGCACAUAGGAAAUCCAGAACUCCCGAGCAUGUUAUGGAGAGCUUUUGAUACUAUUACUGAACGCGAAUGCUGCAGUGUUUGCUGUAAAUGCUUUGGGGAAGAUGGCAAUCGAGGUGUUCCUGGAUUUCCUGGAAGGAAGGGAAGCGUGGGCUACCGAGGAUACCCAGGCCAUCCUGGUGAGGAAGGAGGAAUUGGAGACCAGGGUCCAAUGGGAAUCAAUGGCAUAAGAGGAAACAGAGGAUGCUCUGGUGCAAGGGGACCAAAGGGACAAAGGGGAUACCGAGGAAACAAGGGUGAAGAUGGUGACAUUGGACUUUAUGGGAUUGAUGGACAGGAGGGAGAGCGAGGAUCUCCUGGAUCACCUGGACCAAAGGGCCGUUCAGGAAGAAGGGGUAGAGAAGGCCCUAGAGGACAGCCAGGGGAACGAGGACAGCCUGGUAUAAGAGGAGACAGUGGAGUUCCUGGAAUUGACAGCAAUGUCUUUGGUCCCCUGGGUCCAAAAGGAAACAUAGGGCAACAGGGAGAACUUGGAGUUGAUGGAGUAGGAGGCGAGUCAGGCGAGAAUGGUCCACUUGGCCCUGAAGGUCAGAGAGGUCCUCCUGGCAUAAAGGGUGCAAAAGGUGAUGAAGGAGAACCAGGUGUUCCCGGAGAAACAGGAUGGCAAGGCCCACAGGGUGCAGGAGGCCGUCAAGGAAUACCUGGUCUACCAGGACCACAAGGUUUGCUGGGCCCCCAAGGUAGUCCAGGAAUCGAAGGUGUACCUGGUGCUGUAGGGAAACUAGGACAUAAAGGCCAAAAGGGUGAACAUGGUGAUCCUGGAGAAAAAGGCCUACAGGGGCCAUCAGGACCAAGAGGCUUACCUGGACCAGAUGGUAAUCAUGGGUAUGGUCUACAAGGAAGGAAGGGAGCAAAGGGACGAACUGGAUUUCCUGGAAGCCCUGGACCACAGGGAGAAGAUGGUGACCCUGGCAUUACAGGUGAUAAAGGUGCCAAAGGAAUUAGAGGACGAAGGGCUAGUGCUGGAAUGCCAGGGGAAAUGGGUAAUCGAGGAAGUGGAGGACCAUCUGGAAGAAUGGGUCAUAAAGGACAAAAAGGCAUAACAACUAUGACGCCUUGUGAACUUGUUAACCUUACUAGAGGAAACUGCCCUUGCUGUAUAGGUAGGAGCAAGUGCCCAGUAUAUCCAACAGAAGUGGUGUUUGCUAUUGAUAUGUCUGGAGAUGUUACUCCAGAAUCCUUUGGAAAGAUGAAAGACAUUAUGACGUCUUUGUUGAAAGUUAUGAAGAUUAGCAGAAGUAACUGUCCCACUGGUGCUCGCGUGGCAGUCCUGUCAUAUAAUACUAGCCCAAAAUACCUGAUCCGGUUUUCCGACUUCCAGAGGGAUGAUCUCCUUAUGGAAGCUGUUCAGAGAAUUCCACUAGAGAGAUCUUCAGGCGAAAGGAAAAUUGGAGGCAUCAUGAGAUUCGUUGCCAGGAAUGUCUUUAAACGUCAUCGUCAAGGCACCCUCAUGAGGAAAGUUGCAAUAUUUCUCACUGCUGGUCCAUCGCAGGAUGCAACAUCUAUCAAUACAGCUGUGUUGGAAUUUAGUGCUUUAGAUAUUACCCCGGUGGUCAUUGCCCUCAGUGAAGUGCCUAAUGUACGGCGGGCCUUUUCGGUGGAUGAUACUCAUCAGUUCCAGUUGUUUGUCUGGGAAUCCAAGGAAGAUGAGAACCUGAAUAGAGUUUCACAUUGCACACUGUGUUAUGAUAAGUGUAAUCCAGCUCCAGAGUGUGAGGUGGCUACACCUUUCCCUGUUUUAAUAGACAUGGACAUAACUUACAUCAUGGACAGCUCUUGGGAUGUCGGAAGUGAGGAGUUUGAGACCAUGAAGGAGUUCGUGAGCAACAUGGUUGAUGAUUUUGUUAUUACUUCCCUCCCCAUAGAGUCAGAUGGAGGGGCAAGGGUGGCUUUGGUGCAGCAAGCUCCACAAAAUUUCACAGUUGACAGACUCUCAAGCCCAGUGCAUGAGGAGUUUGACUUGGUUACAUACAGCAAUAAAGACUUGAUGAAAAUGCACAUCCAGGAAUCAACAAGCCAGCUAAAAGGUCCAUCGGCUGUUGGCCAUGCACUACAGUGGACAGUUAAUAAUGUGUUUCUGGAAGCCCCCAGGCCAAGAAAACACAGGGUCAUAGUUACACUACUUGGGAGUAAGACAAGUUCCUGGGACAGAGAGAAGCUGAGAGAAAUGUCACUAGAAGCCAAAUGCCAAGGAUUCACCAUGUUCACCUUAGCGCUUGGAAGUGGAGCGGAUGAUACUGAAAUGACAGAACUGUCUAGUGUUCCAGUGGAACAACAUCUAUUGCAGCUUGGCAGGGUGGAUAAACCUGAGUUGCCAUAUGCUCUGAAAUUUAGCCGAGCUUUCUUGAAUCUUUUAAAACGUGGAAUAAACCCUUAUCCUCCUCCAGGACUACAGGAAGAAUGUGAGAGCCUGGAUCGAGGAGACACUCAUCAUCAGCUGUCAGGGACGACUGACAGGAUUCUGUUCCCUGGAUCAGAUUACAGAGAUACUUUCCAACCAUCAGAAUUACCCAGAAGAAAUAUGCGAGACAAAAUUAUGGAGGCUAACAAACAUCUCGUAGAACGUAAAGAAGAAGAGUAUGAUCAUGACAAGAAUAACUAUUUCACAAAUAUUAGUGUCCAGGGAGGGAGGAGAAAACAGAAUCGAGCAUUUUUAGAGAAAGUACAAAAAAUUGCAGAUGCAUGCAUUGGACAAAUGGACAGUGGUGACUGUGAAGAUUACACCCUGAAAUGGUAUUUUGACAAAGAUCAGGACUUGUGUUCCCAGUUCUGGUAUGGCGGCUGUGGAGGGAACAAAAAUAGAUUUGAAUCGCGAGAAGAAUGUGAAGCUUUAUGCACAAAGUUGUCCUAGUAUCCGCCAUAAAUUGUGUUCCUCAUGAUCUGUUAAAGCAGGAAGAGGUGAUAGAAAGCAAAAUAUGAAAUUUCAAUUUAAAAUAGAAGUUUUAAAUUUUAUGAACAAGAAUGACAUUUGUAUUUACCUGUUUAUGGUGGGGGUGGUUCUUCUUCUUUGGGGAUUUUUAAACAGAGGCUGGCCGGCCAUAUCUUUUGGGGGUGCUUUGUGUAUUCCUGCAUGGCAGGGAGUAGGACUGGAUGGUCCUUGAGGUCUCUUCCAACUCCGUGAUUCUAUGCUUCAUCUUCUUCUUGUUCUUCUUCACUUGUAGCACUUUACGUCUAACACCUUUAUUUUGAGACAUUCAAUAGGAAAUUUUGCUCUCUUUAGAUUGUGGGUUUGUUUCUUGUGAUGGCAGAAAUUAUUGUUGACUUAGCAAGUUGCAACUGAUUCAACGGGUCUUCACUAAUGGGGACUAACAAUUAGAUUUAGGCCACGGGCUUCAAUCCUCUAUAUAAUUUCCAAGUAAUAAGUCCUGCUGAAGUCAAUGGAAUUUACUUCAGAAGGCAUGUAGACAGAAUUGUAUUGUGACACACUCACCCCUCUGUUUAAUUUUUACUAUCUGAAGAGCUAUUAAGGGCUAAUAUUUAUGUGGCAUAAUGCAUAUUAUUUAAUAGGAAGAACACAACAAAUAAAACUUGAUGGUGUUUCAUGAUAGCAGGAGAAAACAACCAAAAGAAAACACAAUACCUCAGACGUUUGUUGUAUUUUAGCUUUGGGUUGCCAUUUACAUAAUGCUUUGACUAGUGGACUGCUUGACUUUUAUAAGGUGUGGAAUCACAUGUUUUGAUAAUUACUUAAAGCAGCUGAACCUUCUUAGUUGUGCUUUUUGUCAGAAAUAAAUGAAUAAAGUGAAUUUUUCAUGGAAA